AUGGGUACCGACCACAUCGACCUCGUAGCCAUCAUCACCCCCAAAAAGGGCCAGACUGAACGUUUCCUCAGCCUCUUCGCCGCGUGCGCCGCCCACGCCGAGAAGAGCGAGCCCGGUACGCUUCGGUACCGAAUCCACCGCGGCAAGCGAGACGAAACGAGCGGCGCCGAGGAGCUCGUCGUUCGCGAAACAUAUGAGAAUGCCGCCGCCCUACAGACGCAUCUCGCUGGCGCGCACGUCAAGGCCAUGGUUGGGGAAAUUGAGGCCGGCACUUUGACGGAGAACGUAAAGAUCAUACACAUCACGCCGGCGGCGGGUUACGAGCGGGCUCGGUUCUGA